UGACUUUCUUCCUGCCUUUCCCCAAAGGUAACCUUGAAACUUGAUCCUUGUCAGUGGUGUUCUGCUUGCAACCUAUCGGUAAAGAGGUCAUCAUGAUGACUGGGACAGGAUGUUGGUGUGUGACUCUCCUGCUUCUCCUGCACAGAGCAGACUCUGAAAGUUUUGAGGUUCUUGGUCCGACUCGUGAUAUUGUUGCUGUGGCUGGUGAUGACAUCAUUCUGCCCUGUUACAUCAAACCCAACAUCAGUGCUGAGGACAUGAGAGUUGACUGGUUCAGAGUCAACCUCCCAGACCCUCAGUCAAACAUUCGAGUCCAUCUCUACCAAGACGGCAGAGACAAAUACCAUGAUCAGAUCCGCUCCUACAGGGGAAGUACAUCAUUGUUUAAAGAGGAACUGAGAAGGGGCAACACCUCUUUGAAACUGACCAGGGUACAAGGCACUGAUAAUGGACGUUACAAAUGUCUUGUUAAGUCUAAGACAUAUGAUGAUGCCACUAUUCAAGUCCACAUAAGAGCUAUAGGAUCCAAGCCAGAGGUUUCCAUUGAGGGACAGAAAGAAGGAGGGAUGGGUCUGCUGUGUGUAUCUAAAGGCUGGUUCCCUGAGCCUGAGUUGGAGUGGCUGGACAGUAAGGGGGUCACUCUGUCUGCUGGACCUUCAGAGACAGACAGGGACUAUAAGGGGUUCUACAUAGUCAAACUAAAGACCAUCGUAGAGGAGACUGACACCAACCACUUUACCUGCAGACUCAGACAGAGGCAACUCAGUGAGCAGAUCAACAUGGAGUUUCACAUCUCUAGUGAGCUGAUCCUUGUUCACACAGACACAUGGAGAGUGGCCUUUGCAGUGAUUGUCUCUCUGAGCAUUGUCCUUGUGGUCAUAUUAACUUUCACCAUCUGGCGCUGGAAUCGUUUGUGCAAUGACUACAGUAAUAGAAAACUGAUUAAAGAGUUUAUUUGACUGAAUGUAAAUGUUUUACAGUGCAGUUUCCAGAGUGGCAUACACAAGGAGUUGGGUACCAGAACCAAAAGCUUGCUAGUUCGAUUCCCCGAGCCGACAAGAUGUAUCCAAAGCUAAACACAGUCAAGCGCUAGAGAAUGUUCAAGAUGGCAACAAGAUACUCACUGAUCAGCUGGAUUUUGUAAACAUGAA